UCCAAUCUGCACCCAUCAGAAUCUGUCGGAGACAGUGGAAAUUUAAGCUUUUCGCGUUGAAAUUUCCGUGUCACGGUAACGAAAUAGUGCAAAAUCGAUAGUUCGCAAUCGGUUGCAUCCGGAGGUGAUAACGUUUGGACGUGGAACUUGUUCGUCGGGCGAAAAAACGGGUUUAACAAAACAAAGGUUCUCCCCUCGGGACUCCUCCAUCAUCAUCGCGUCGAGCAGGGGGAACGACAAGACGUGAAAAAGAGAGAGAGAGGUACAAAGACGUCGGUACGAUUAUUUUGCUUUCUCGUCACUGGUGCGUACGCGGAACGGAGCGGAGUGUGUUGGGGGUUUGUGGGAGGUGUAGCUGGAGUGCAGUCAUCAGCAACGAAGAAAACAAGAACCUGUCAAAAAAAAAAUUAGUUCGACGGAGAUUAUUACUAUUAUUUGUGUGCGCCUAGUCGUGUUGAAAGGAAGGAUCGUCCUUGAGAGUUCCGUUUACUAUAUCCGCAAGUAGCCGUUCGAUCGAAGGAUGGGCAUUUUAGGGAAUUCAAAUUCACUGGCCUCCGAUAUAGAUAAAGCAACCAGUGAGACCAACACGCAGGAAAAGUGGGGCCUCAUCAUGGAGGUGUGCGACAAAGUGACCAACGGUGCGGUCAACUCGAAGGAAUGCCUAAAAGUGAUCGUGAAACGGCUCAACCACAGCGAUCCGCACGUGGUCAUGCAAGCGAUAACGCUCCUGGACGCUUGCGUCAGCAAUUGCGGUAAGCAGUUCCACCUGGAGGUGGCGUCACGUGAGUUCGAAACCGAAUUCCGCAAACUGAUGCAGAAAAGUCAACCCAAAGUUAAUACGCGUCUCAAACUGUGCCUCAAAAAGUGGGCCGAAUCGGAAUUCAAAAGCGAUCCGCAGCUGAACUUGAUCCCGUCGCUGUACAUGAAGCUGCGUACCGAAGGGCACGACUUCAGCGACCCCUCGGUAACGCCCAAGCGCGAAGUUCCGCUGAGCAAGGAUCCGAACGUGGUCUCUAGUCAACAGGAGGAGGAAGACAUUGCCAAGGCGAUCGAACUGUCACUGAAGGAAACCAAGAGCAGCGCUGGUGCCAGUGGUAGCAGCAGCAGCCAGUCACCGAAGAUGGCAUCCAGCGGGGGUGCUGCCGCCUCGAGCUCCCUUUAUCCUUCGCUGCUGACGACGACGGCGACGUCCACGGCACCGCUUGCAGAACCGAGAAAGGUUCGUGCCCUUUAUGACUUUGAAGCGGCUGAAGAUAACGAAAUGACGUUCCACGCUGGAGAAAUUCUCAUGGUGCUGGACGAUAGCGACCCAAAUUGGUGGAAGGGUGAGAAUCAUCGAGGGGAGGGACUGUUCCCGUCGAAUUUCGUUACGACGGAUUUGAAUGCCGAACCGGAAGGGGUGAGUAAGAGUAAGAAGAAUGUGCAAUUUUCCGACGAACAAAAGAAGGAUGAGGAAGAGGAGGAGAAAGCGAAGGAGCAGGUAGUCGAGAUUAAUGAGGAAAAUAUCGAUCGAUUGUUGCACCUUUUGCAUGAGGCGGAUCCCGAGGAUCCUUCGGCGGACAGCGAAGAGAUGUUGCAGUUGGAGCAAAUGGUCAAUCAGAUGGGACCGUUGAUUGAUACGGAACUGGAACGGGUUGAUCGAAAACAUGCACAGCUCACUCAGCUCAGCAGUGACCUAGUGGAAGCCAUCAACUUGUACCAUACGCUUAUGAGAGAACCAGAUCGUUCGAUGAUGAUGGGAUCGAUGAUGGGAGGAUUUCCGGGACAAGCUCCAAUGUCGGGAAUGUACAGCAUGCCGGGAAUGUACGGUCCAAAUAUGCCAGGAAUGUUCCCGGGAAUGGGAGGAAUGCCUGGUGGAAUGUCACCGUAUGGAAUGGGCCAGCUUCGGCAUGAUAUGGGACAGAUGAGCGUCAGUUCGAUACCACAGUUUCCUCCUCCACAGCAAGCGAUGCCCACAAUGAGUCAAAAUGGUCCAUCUAGCUUACCACCGCAUCAGAUUCCCACCAGUGCAGCUGCUGUGGCAGGACUACACGCUUUGGGGCAGCAACAAGUGGCUGCAGGACAGCCUCCUAUGCAUCAACAUAUGCCGUCUCAACCGAGAACCCAACAGCCGCAACCUACUCAGUCUCAACACAUGCCAAAUAUGACGAUCCAGCAGCAGUCAACGCCUAGUGGCGCUCCCCACAUGAUGAACAUGGGUCACAUGCAAUCUCCACUACCACAGAACUACUCGAAUCCGACAUCUCCGCCGCCGGUCAUUAGUUCAGCUCCUACUUCUCUGCCUCAGCAGCAGCACCAGCAACAACCGCCAGCAAUUUCGAAUCAACCUAUUCCUCGGCCUCCUAUUCAGCAACAACAGCCACCUCAACCAGUGGGUGCUCCGGCCGGAAGCUUUCCUCCAUACGGAGCAGUACCACCUCCUCAACAACAGCAACAUCAUCAAGCUCCCCAAAAUGGCCCGGUUCCUCCUCCCCCUCAGCAACAUCCUCAACCACCGACAGCAACGGCUCCGCCUCCCAACAACAUGAACCACCAUCCUCAUCCACCCCAAAUGGCACCUGUUGCACUCUAUCAAACCACAGCCCUUCCGCCUUACAUGCAAAUGCCACCGGGUGGUGCUCCAGGAGGUUUUCCCCAUCAUCACAUGCUGGGCCACAUGAUGGCUCCGCCCGGAUCGCCCCUCUCGAUCAACACCGCUUCAAAUUCGCCGCAGAACAUUCCAAUCUAUCAGCAGCAACGGUAAACCUUUUCCUAUUCUUGGUACCACUUUUUACAGAAUUUUUCCUACACCGACACUCACACACUCAUGCGCUUCGGGGACAGAUGGUCUCUUGUACAUACUGGAGAAAGUUGAUAUUCUUCCAUUCCUGAGUUUACCUCCCUUUUUUUUGUUGUUGAUUUGGUCUUGGUGUAUUUGACUGAUCUUGUAAUCGUUUUCGCUCACCUAUUUUAAAUUCAUUUUCCCCGUUCGUGAUACAACUUUUGAAGAAUUCCCGAAGUAAUGCAUGUAUCUAGUAGCAAGAGGAAGGCAAACAAUCAAGACUAAGCGAAGAAUCGUCCCCCGAUUUGUUGAGCCAUGAUCGUCAACGAAACGAAAACCUAUGAAAUGUUACUUGCUUCAAGCGUGAAACAGACAAGGGCUAAAUGAUUUGACUCCCUCACCCUUGAAAGAAGUUACUUGCUCUGAUUAAUACCUAGAAAUGAUAUAGCGAAGAAACAAAUAAAAAUAAAUCAAGCUGAACAUUGCAUUAGGUCCUAAGUCACAUAGCACAUAACCGUUUCUUGUUGUGUUUGUCGUAUUAGAAUCUGUCAAUGUUACUUAGGACCUAAUGCAAUGUUCAGCUUGAAAUAUGAACAUAAAAAUACUAAAUUACUAUUACCUACUAUGAAUAUUAUGUAUUUAUAACUAAACGCAAAAUUAAAUGAAUAAAAACGAUAAAAUGAUACUGAACUAGAAAAGGGAGAUGCACAUACACAUACACGUGGUGGUCACUAGUUUAUAACCAUAGAAGCAUAUAUCGCAACCAGCGCGGAGAGUCAAAGUGUGUGGGUCUCCAAAAGUGUAAUAUAAUGAACGAUGGUGUACAACAAGUUGAGAGGCCGGCAACGGGAAAAUAAAGUUUA